UGUGGCAUUGUGUGCGCAGCGCGUGGUGUGAAGGGAAGAUUCACAAACGUUUCAGCGGAGACCCAGCGGCUUGAAUGCGACUUUUUAAAGCUGUGUAACGAAAAAUAAACACCGAUCUCAGCUGUCAGUUCUGAAUGUGGUUGCCUACUUUGCCUUAAUCAUUAUUAACAGUAUAGAUACCAACUCAUCAAUGAAAGCAGACUUGUCAAACAAAAGGAGUGACUUGAUGGUGCGCAGCGUUUAGCUGAAAGAAGUCCAAAUAGAUUUGGCACAAGUGAAGAUGUACAAAUGGGCAACGUCGCGAUGGGAUUUAAUUUGAAGAACACGUAACCACUGAGAGGUCGCCCCGAUUCAACCCGUUGUUAAGGUAACUGGGAACUUGAAAAGGCGUUUUUGACCGCUGGGAUGUUGUGAACGACGCGUCAGAAGGAGCGGGGACGCAGAAGGAAGAGAGGGGAACCAGGGCUGGACAAGCACCGGAGGGGAUUAUGGCUCUCACAGCGUUUUCUCUCAGCCUCAUCACGCUGGCGCUUGCAAACUUGCACCUGUCGAGAGCCAGCAACCGGCAUGCAGUGUACUGGAACAGCUCAAACCUACUGCUACGAAAGGAAGGAUACACAGUGCAGGUCAGUGUGAACGACUACCUGGACAUCUACUGUCCGCAUUACAACAGCAGCCAGCGAGGGACGCUAGAGCGUGUUGUGCCUGAGCAGUACAUCCUCUACAUGGUCAACUACCGUGGUUACCGCACCUGCGACCCCCAGCUAGGCUUCAAACGCUGGGAGUGCAACCGGCCCCAUGUGCCUCAUGCUCCCAUCAAGUUCUCUGAGAAGUUCCAGCGCUAUAGUGCCUUCUCGCUGGGCUACGAGUUCAACGUGGGCCAGGAGUACUACUAUAUCUCCACGUCCACCCACCACCAUGUCCACAGCUGCCUGAGACUGAGGGUCUACGUCUGCUGCUCCACUGUCUCCCAGACAGAUGAUGACUCCAGUCAGACUUCUCCCGACUACACAGUCAGGCCAAACAUCAAAAUACAUCUUGAUGAAUUUAACCCUGAAGUUCCCAAACUGGAGAAAAGCGUCAGUGGCAGCAGCCCAUCACGUGAUCGCCUUCUUCUCACUGUGGCGAUGCUGCUCGUGUCUGCCGUCCUUUUGUCCUAGCGACUCUCACCAUGAGUGACUCUUCAUACAUAGCUGGACCACCUUGUCCAAAGGGCUUUGUAUCCACCUACUGCGAGUCUCUCAUGUGAAAGUUGGCAGAAACAGAGAAGAGAAUCAAGUUAACGUCCAAAAGAACAUCCAAAACAAUCCUUGAACUUUACUGGACUUUAAAAAAGGAGGCCUUUUUGCUGUCAUAUUUAUACCAGUGUAUUUUGACACUCCAUUUGUUGUUGAACAUCAUUAUCAUAUGAAUACCACAGCAUUUCAUGCAGGUGUGUUUGCCCCAACAUGAAGGACCACAACCACAGACUGGUUCAGACUUCUGCGCUCCUAGCAGCCAACAGGUGGGUGAGAUGGUGGACUUGGAAUGAGCUGGAUGGAGACUACACGCUAUUAUCGUAGCAUGGAUAUCAAAUCACCUGAGAAAUUUCAGCUGCACUGUCUUCAGCUGACGACAGCAAGGUUUUUGUGGCUGUAAGCCUUGAUGAAGGAGGCAAAUGUAACAGAGUGGAUUUGCAGUGAAUUCUAAGGCCUUGGACCAUGGACCAAGUAUGGUGAUGGAUUAAACUAAGCUCUGAUGUAGUUAAAAAAAAAAAAACAAGCUUGACCCUGGAACUGUUCUGAUCUUAAUUGGCUAUACAGGAUAUUUGUAUAACCAGUAAUGAGAACUGCCACCCUUGCCCUGGACAGUGAAGAAUGUUUUCACACUGGAGUGAGGAAGCUGCUGGUAAUAAGAGCCCAAGGUGUUUCUUAAGAAAAGGAAAAGACUUUGUGAGAGCCUUUCAAGAAUCCAUUUCCUCCAGACAUCAAAAAUACCCCUAGCUUUUUGAUAGGUACAGAUGCAAAGCCUGCAUUUCUUAGAAGAUAGUGAGUGCCCUCUAAGAACUAGUCCUUUGUCUGCAUUUCCUGCCUUCACACUGUAACAACCCUAGAAAAAUACAGACCCUGGACUAGUAAUUUGAUGGCACUUAGACUUGGUAGAUGUGGUAGAUGUGUGUAUUGUUCUGACGCAUUUACCUUCAGCACUUUGCGUAGAUUUUCCAGGCGUCAAACCUUUCUCAUCACAGCAAUCAGUAGAGUCAUUCAGAAUACCAAUAAUUUACAGUACUUAAAAACUCUCUCAGCAGCAAGUUCCCUUUCAGCUGCGGACAGCCCGGUCUAUUCCUUUUCCACUUCAGAGGUUCCCAGUCAGUCGGUGCCGAUGGCCAUUACAGCAGUCACAGUCACCAUCGACACAACCCCAUACAGUCGCCAGAGUGCGGCAGGUGCCUGAGGAGAAAUUGUGCUUUGAGUCUCAAAGUAACGCUGCCGCCAUUUUGUUAAAAAAUCAAACUAACAAACAAAAAAAGAAAUAAAACAAAACACAAAAACAGGUGUGAAUGUGCAAAAAAAGUUCACUUUUUUAUAUUGUAAUACAGGACAACAUAGGCUGCCAUUAAUCAGAUUACAAAGUUGUGCUUUUUUUUAAUUUACUUUUCAAAUGUAUUUAUUUUAACAUUAAAGUAUAUUAUUUAUCUACCUAAUUAGUGUGCAUUUGUAGGCCUUUGCUCAAUAAGCUAUUGUGCCAUUUUUUUAAUUCUUUUUUUAAACUGUGGACUUUUUACUGCAGCAUUUUGCUUGUGUAGAUUAAUAGUCAGAUGUAAUUCAGCCUGACAAAAAGAGAGGCUAUUGGUUUUCACUAACCAGUAGGGACAUACACUCAUUAACCCUACUCUCUAACUGCUAACCAGAUUAUGUUGCUGAAGAGCAUGUCAGAAACCAACUGUGAAUACACAGACAGAGCCAAUGCUAAUGGAGGGCAGCAUUCCUCAAGUGCUGCACAUGCGAAACGACGGAGUCUGCAUUGUAAUGUAUAUUUAUAAUACCUGCCGGAUAUGGAAUGUGUGUGUGUAUGAGUGUGUUGCGCGUGUGUGAGUGAGCAAGAGAAAAAUGAUAUGUGUGCACAUUUGUGUGUAUGUAGGUAGAAUGUGUUUGUCCGCGCUUUUCGAGUAUGUGGCAUUUAGAAAUUUCGUACCUGUUAAGGAGUCGUUUGUAGAAUCUGAAUAUGCAAGUGUGUAUGAGAGAAUGUGCUCUCCUGUAAUGUUAGUUUACGGUACGGGGUUGCCAAGCAGAUGACAACCACAAAGAAAUGUGUUUACCUUUGACAAGAAUUAAUUAAAAAAAAGCUGUAAAUUGAAACAAGAAUGAUUAAGAACA